AUGACUAGCAGCAUACUGCUUGCGAACCAAGCACAGACGGAAACAAGCUUCGAGCCCUAUGUGAACCGACAAGCGUACACUCAUCUGCCUACGCCUCUGCCUAUGGAUGUGCGUGAGCGCCAUAUGACUAUGCGACGUCGUGGCCAGCACUUGACGGACCUGGAUCCGGCAGGAGCAGAAGCACAGAUGAUCGGAACAUCGCCAGAAAGUGUAGAAAAUGCCAACAUUGACGAGAUUUACUUCCCACCUACGCGCACAGUGGAAACAUUGGCGCUCUUCCAGGCAUGUCUUUCCACUGGCCUCAUUUCGCGUGCGCACAAACUUAUGCAGGAGAUGCGCGCGGAAUCACAUACGCGUAUGCAAGAGCUGCAUGAAGCGCGGAUGAUGGAAGGCGGCGACGUGGUUCAUGAACGUACGCCGCUCAAGCUUUGGUCAUACAAUGCAAUCCUUCAUGCUUACUUUAGCAAAGCAGCACAGCCAGGUGCUGAGGAUGUGAAGACUUGGGUCACAAAUGCAUGGAAGUUGUGGGAAGAUAUGAUGAAAGAGGGCGAUGUGCAGCUGGAUCCACGCCCUGAUGCAUCGACAAUUGCGACAAUGGCACUAGGCAUUUCACAACUACAGACGAUGCAUGUGUACCCACGAAAUCGGCCUACCAUGGUCGAGCUAUUGCGCGAUGCCAAAACACUAGGGAUCUCGAUGGACGCGAUCUUUUCAUCAUCGGUACGCCAGUCGAGCUCUGCGCCAGCAGGUACAGAGACUGUCUCUCUCUUGCAAAAUGCGACUGUGAAUACACCGACUUUGCUUGCACAGUUCCGGGCGGCAGCGACCAAGCUAGGCGAUGCCGACAUGCAGCGUCAGCUGGAUAAGGUCGAUAACGUGCUGCGAGAGAGCGAGGAGACGGAUCUCCCCGCAGUGGAUACCACGGCGGACGAAGUGGAAGAGCUGCGCCCUGUGAUGACCAAGGACCGCGUGACAGACACGAUGCAGAAGCCCUUUAAUUUACAGACACUGCAGGAGAGCUUGGCGACGAUGAAAGAUGCGAAGCGACGCUCGUCGGACCUGUAUGAACGUCAACGCUGGCUUGAACAUUCCGCAUUGGAAGCAGCACGCAAACGUCUUGAGCAUGAUACUGAGAAACUACAAGAAAUCGGCAAGGACGCAGGCGUUCUGCAAUCCAAGACACUCCAAGGCUGGAUGUGGGAAUGGUACAAGAAGUUGGAGCAGUCUCUACGUGAAGAUUUGGAGCGUAUGAGCAGUCAGGUCAAGCGGUCGCUGACCAAUUCGGUCGAAUCGCAGCUGUAUCCCUUUUUGAAACUCUUGCCGCCAUCGAAGAUGGCGAUGAUAGUAAUCAUUGAGCUCAUGCGUAUGCAGGGUAUCAGCGGCGUCGCAGAUGGUAUCAAGACCACCCGUGCGUUGAUCACCAUCGGUAAGGCCAUUGAGAGCGAGUACAGUGCGGUAAUGCUCAACAGGCACCCUGAGAUCUUUGUGCAAGCGCGCCAUGCCCAGUCAAUUCUUGGCAAGCGCAACUUGAUCGAUCUGGCUGUGCGUCGCGACUUGAAAGUCUGGCAGGAAAAGUGCCAGGAUGAGAACCUGGAGAUGAACAUUCCUAAAUGGACGCAGAUCAUUCGUGCGCGUGUGGGCAGUUACCUUGUGCACCAGCUACUCGAAGUGGCCACGAUCAAGCGUCAGGCGUACGAUCGUGAUGGCGAGCUGUGGGAAGAAGAGCAGCCGGCCUUUUAUUCGGCGUACGAGUAUAUCCAGGGCAAGAAGCUGGGUGUCAUUCGUCUCAACGAGGUGAUCUCACAGCGUCUUGAUAAGGAAUCUGUGCGCGAGACCCUUCACCCACGUCAUUUGCCCAUGUUAGUCCCACCGCGUCCCUGGCUUACGCACGACUCCGGUGGCUACUUUUCAGUGAAAACCAGUGCGAUGCGGUACAAGGACUCGGUGGAGCAGAGCUCGUACCUCCGUGCUGCAUCAGAGAAUAAUGGGUUGGAAGUGGUUUUGGCCGGUCUGGAUGUGCUGGGCAAUACGGCUUGGAAUGUGAACCGCGCUGUGUUUGACGUUGUGGUGCAGGUAUGGAAUUCGGGCGAGGCUUUGGCCGAUCUCCCGCCCGCCGAGAUGACAGACCCCGAACCAGAACGACCGCCGCCGGAUGAUAUCAAGGCGAAAGGUAUUUACCUCCAGCGCCUCCGUCAGUGGAACUCGAUUCGCGCUGGCAACCAUUCGCAACGCUGUGAUAUCAAUUACAAGCUGGAAAUUGCGCGCAGUUUCCUCAACGAGAAAUUCUAUUUCCCCCACAAUAUGGACUUCCGUGGACGUGCAUACCCCAUUCCCCCCCACUUGAAUCACAUUGGCAACGAUUUGUGUCGUGGCCUGCUCAAGUUUGCGGAGGCCAAGCCCCUGGGGGUAAUGGGUCUCCGCUGGCUGCAUAUCCAUCUGGCCAACGUGUUUGGUUAUGACAAGGCGAGCUUUGCUGAGCGUGAGCAAUUUGCCAAGGACCAUGCUGAGGACAUCAUCGAUUCCGCGACUCAUCCACUGGACGGUCAGCGCUGGUGGAUGAAGGCCGAUGAUCCAUGGCAGUGUCUCGCUACGUGCAUGGAAUUGCAUCAGGCGUGGCAGUACCCAGAAGGCCCCGAAGCGUUCCCAUCGCAGUUACCUGUCCACCAAGAUGGUACCUGCAAUGGUCUGCAGCAUUAUGCUGCGCUAGGUGGUGAUUUGCAGGGUGCCAAACAAGUCAACCUGCGUGGCGGUGACCGUCCCGCGGAUGUGUAUACUGGUGUGGCAGAACUGGUCAUUGAGCAGCUGAACCAACGUGCUGCUAAAGGCGAUGCUACCGCGCAAUUGCUCCAAGGCAAGGUCACUCGUAAAGUCGUGAAGCAGACGGUCAUGACCACCGUAUACGGCGUAACGUUCAUCGGAGCAAAGAACCAAGUCAUGCGCCAGCUGGUGGAUCGUGGUGAUAUCCCCGCCGAAGAAGUAUGGAGCACUGCAUCCUACCUAGCCAAAGUGAUCAUGGACUGUAUUGGAAACUUGUUCUCUGGUGCCAACAUGAUCCAAGAAUGGCUGACAGUGAGUGCACGUCUCAUUGCCAAGAGUAUUCCGCCAGAACGCAUCAAGCCGGCGCAGCUCACAGAUGAGAAGAAGGCUGGCCGCGGCGAGAAGACUACACGCCGCAGCGCCAGCGCCUCAACGCGUGAAGGCCGUGAGCAAAUGACCUCAGUGAUCUGGACAAGUGCAUUGGGUCUACCUGUUGUUCAGCCGUACCGCAAAAUCAAAAAGCACCAAAUUACUACCGCUGUCCAAUCUGUGUACAUUCGCGACCCGAACCAGAACUUCGAGGUCAACCCAUCGAAGCAAGCAUCCGCAUUCCCACCCAACUUUAUCCAUUCAUUGGAUGCGUCACACAUGUUUUUGACGGCGUUGGAGUGUCAUUCAGCUGGCUUGGUAUUUGCAAGUGUGCAUGACAGCUACUGGACACAUGCGUGUGACAUUGAUACCAUGAGCGAUAUUAUUCGCGAUACGUUUGUGCGCUUGCACUCACAGGAUAUUUUGGUUCGUCUUCGCGAUGAAUUCCUUCAGCGCUACAAGGGAUACAAAGUCCCUGCCUCGUCGCUGGUCAAUGGUGCGAAGAUUCGGUACGAGCCACGUACAGAGGAGGACGAGAAUGACGAAGACGACGAGGAUAUGUCGAAUGAAAUGGAGGAGGAUAACUUCUCUAUGGAGGACACGCCUUUCAUUCUGCGCCGUCCCAGCGAACCUGAUAGCCAAGGCUUUUACGAUUUGGCGGACUUGCUUCCCCCCAUCCCGAAAAAGGGCAGCUUUGAUGUGAGCGAAAUCAAGCGCUCUCUGUACUUCUUCAGUUAG